AUGGCGGCCAAGAAGUUGGGCAAGAUCGGCAACACGAAGGUGGACGGCAGCUUCAUCAGUGACGGCUUCUCCAACUGGAAAGCGGGUACCGAGAAGUUCCGGAAGCACGACGAAAGCGAGUGCCACAAGGAGGCGGUCGAGCGACUGGUGACGCUUCCCGCCACGACGCGUGACGUGGGAGAGAUGCUGUCAGCGGGGCACGCUAAGGAGAAGGCCGAUAACCGGAAGCAGCUGCUGCAAAUCCUACGCAGCAUACGGUUCCUCGCACGCAAGGGCAUCGCGCUACGUGGGCACGACGACGAUGAGGGGAACUUCAUGCAGCUGCUACAACACCACGGGGAGACGGACAGCUCUAUCCUCGCGUGGCUGGAACGGAAGCGGGACAAGUUCGUCGCCCCUGAUAUCCAGAAUGAAAUACUCCAGCUCAUGGCACUGCGCAUCCUCCGUAAAGUGGCCAGCGACAUCAAGACAAACGAGUUCUACACAAUCAUGGCUGACGAGACAACAGACAAGUCCAACCGAGAACUAGUGGUGGUAGUCUUCAGACACGUGGACGAGGACUUAAAUGUGCACGAGGACUUUGUUGGGUUUCACCAAGUAAAUUCCAUUGGCGCCACUACACUGACGUCGGUCAUAGAAGACACUCUUCUAAGAAUGAACCUAUCCUUGAGCCAGUGCAGAGGGCAGUGUUAUGACGGGGCCAGCAACAUGACCGGAGCGAAGCGUGGUGUGGCGACCAACAUCUUAGCAAAGGAGGAGCGAGCUGUGUUCACGCACUGCUACGGACAUGCGCUCAAUCUGGCGGUUGGGGACUGUGUACGUCAGUGCAAGCUCUUGCGUGACACCAUGGAUACAGUGCAUGAAGUCUCCAAACUGAUUAAGUAUUUACCAAAGAGGGACAGUACCUUACAGACCCUGAAGGAGGAGAUGAGCCCCGAUACCCCUGGGUUCCGUGUACUGUGCCCCACGAGAUGGACAGUGCGUGCAGCAAGCCUGUGUAGUGUCUUAGACAACUACACUGUGUUACAGACCUUGUGGGACACCUGCUACGAGCAGACCAAAGACUCGGAGAUCCGUUCCAGGAUAGUAGGCGUGCGGUCCCAGAUGGAGAGAUUCGACCUCUUCUUUGGUGUCCAUCUGGGUUACAUCAUCCUGCGACAUACAGACAACUUGAGCCGCACCCUACAACAGAAGGACAUGUCCGCAUCAGAGGGUCAGGCAGUUGCUUCAAUGACGGUGGAAACAUUGACCAGCAAGCGCUCCGACGAUGCCUUCGACAAGUUUUGGGUUGACGUGAACAGCAAGCUCGAUGACGUCGACGUAGGAGAGCCAGUGGUUCCCAGGCGACGCAAGAUGCCGAAACGCUAUGACGUUGGAACCGGGGCCCACGAGUAUCCAGCCACAGCACGUGAUCGAUCCCUCCAAGACCUUCUUGUGUGCUGCGCCCGUGGUGGUGACUACGCCACUCAUCUGCGGAGCGCGAUGGACUUCUACAGGGACGAUUUCAACGAGCAGGCGCUCACCACUCAGCUGGAGACGUACCAGGUCGCCGUACGGGACAAGAAGGUCAAGACCAUCACGGACAUUGUCACGUUCUUCCGCGACUUGCCUCCUGAGUCUCGCCUCUUUUUCUCGGAGGUGAUGCGCGUCCUCCGCCACGUCCUGGUAAUGCCCGCCACCAAACGCCACCAGCGAGAGGUCCUUCUUCGGCCUGAGACGCCUGAAGACGUACCUCCGGACGUCUAUGACACAGGAGAGACUCACCCACCUCAUGACGCUCAACGUGCACAGGUGUGCUACCGACGCAAUGGACUUGUUAGAUGUAGCCAAUGA